AUGGCCUGGCUGACCAGCGUGCUUCAGAGCGCCUCUUCCGUCACCAGUUCGGUCGUCGCCGGCGCCAGAGGCGGACUGGCCGCGGGCGGGCGCUGCGACUGCCACUGCGAGUGGGCGGCGGCCCCGGACCAGGGCCUCCUCCAGCUGCUGCAGCGGCAGCUGGACCGCUGCGGCCCUGAGCAGCUCCACGGGCAGGUGUGCCCCGCCCUUCCGCCCCCGCCGGUGGCCACCCUGGCCCUCGUCGGCGUGGGGCUCUUCUUCACGGGCGUGCUCUUCGGCUCGUGCCUCGAUGGCUGGCGCCCAGGCGAAGCGCGGCCGGAGUGGUUCUCACAGCUCCAGCGGGGGUCUCGAGUCCUGGUGCGGUACGAGGGGUACCCACUGUGGCACGAGCGGCUGGUGGGCGCCCGCUUGGCGCCAUCACGGUGGGUAAUGGCGACGCCUAGCGGCGACGUCUACGACGAGGACCUCAUGGAGAGCGACGGGGUCCAUCGCGUGGGCCCGCUGGGCGGCCUCGGGGCGGGCAUGGCGAACGUCGAGGUCUUCCGGUUCGUCAACCUCACGGCGCAGGAGAAGCGCGAGCUGCUCGAGUCCUGCGAGGACUACGCCCGCGAUAACGAGGGCGACCUCGAUAUCGAGGCCGAGGCUCGCCAGGUCCUCGUGGCACAGCACGUGCUUCCUCCUCGCGGCGGCGGUGGCCCUGGCGCUGCGCACGCCCCCGGCGCGGCAGGCGUUGCUGCCGCGGCCCUCCCAGGGGCUGCCGCCGGGCUGGCCUGGGUGGCCGCCGAGUCCCGCCACGGCUUCACCCACGGCCAGGCGGUCGACGCGGUUGGCCAGCUGCUGGCCUCAGGUGACCGCGGCGUGCUCACGGUGCCUGGCGUGGGGUCCCUCUGCGUGGCCGUGCCGGCGAUGGGGGACCUGCGCACGCUCCCAAGUGGCUCCUCCAGCUGGACUCCCACGCAGCGCCACUUCUGGUGGCGCAACCUGCUGCAGGUCUCGCCCAGCGACGCAGGCGUGGAGGAGCAUGCCUACAUCUCAGAAGUGCUGGAGAGGGCCUGCGUCUUCGACCAGCUCAACUGCUCCGAGCUGGAGACGUUCGAAGUCCUCUCGAGGCGCUACCAGCUCUGGGAGGAGCUGUACGCACCUGAGCUCCCUGCGGCCAAGGCGGGCGAGGAGGGCGACGGCUCCUGGCUCGACGAGCGCCGCAUGUUCCUUGGGAGCUCGCGGAGCAAGGGUGCGGCGCUGGUCUGCCCGAGGCUCGAGGGGCACGCGGCGGGCGAGCUUGCCCAGGAGAGCGCCAUCCUCGAGGAGAAGCGCAAGGGGCCGCUCUUGAAGCUCACUCACUCCGCCGGUGGGCCUCUCCGGGAGAGGUCGCCGGCGCUUUUGCGCCCGCAGCCAUUGGUGGUCGGCUCGGGCAUGGCGUUUGGUCCUCAGCCUCCUGGCGACCGCCCUCGCGACCUGCUGCCCUUCCCCGGCGGGCGGGCCCUCGACGAGCUGCUCCUCGGCACGGCGGGCGGCGGGCUCUCCGUAGCGGGCAAGCGGAAGGCCAGGCGGCGCCGGGGCGAGGAGGUGUGGCUCCGUGCGGGCCUGGACGCGCUGAGCGAGCUUGGCGGUGGCCGCAGGGCGUCCAGCGAUGCCCAGGUGACCGCCGCCCAGGCUUCGGCGGCGCGCUCUCUGGCCAAGCUCGAUGGUGGGCGCGGACCUCCACCGACUGACGUUGACCCCCUGGGAGCAUGGAAGGUGCUCCAGGGUAGCGGUGGCGGCUGCGUCGAUUCGAGUGUGGCCGACAGUUUGGAUGCAACCUACCAGCCUGGCAGGAUCUCCCUGCCGCAGUCACGUGCUGGGGCUCUGCCGCUGUGCGACGUGGUCCCAGACGACUUGCAGUGCAUGCUGUCAGAGGGCAGCGGCCUUUUCCGCGAUCCCGCGGAGGCGCAGGCGGCGCUGCGCGAGCUCGGGCCCGCCAUUGCCUUGGACCCCGUGCCGAGGCUGAAGGGCUUCAUGUGCGGGUGCUUCCUGGCGGAGCUCCUGGGCAAGGGCAUCUUGGAGAAGGCCGCCGUCGUCAAGGAGACCUCGGGGGCUUUCUUCGUCAAGCGUAAGGAUGGCUUGCUGAGGCUGAUCUUUGACACGCGACGGAGUAACUGCCACUUUACUCCUCCUCCGUGCACUUCGCUGGCCAGCGGUGAGUCACUGGCGGACCUCGAGAGCGAGCCUGGAGCGCGACUCUGGGUGGCUUCCGCCGGUAUCGAGGUCUGCUUCUACCAGUGCGAGCUGCCCGCCAGCUUUCGGCCCCUCUUCGUGCCCCCGCCGAUUUUGGCGCGCUACCUGCCCGCCAGGUGGUGCGAGAGGCUGGGGCUUGCAGGGGGCGACGUGGAGUGCGCCUUCCAGGCGCGAGUCGUGCCAGUGGGCUGGGCGUGGGCGGUGCGCUUUAUUCAGAGAGCUCACGAGCACCUGCUUUCCUCGCGUUUAUCCUCGACCCCGUGGGUGAGGGGCAAGGUGCCGGCGACGCCCGCGUGCGAGGGCCCCUCCAAGCUCUGCUUCAUCGACAACCUGGCCGUGGUCUCCGACAAGGAGUGCGAGGCAGUGAACGGGAUCACCCACAUGCUGACGACGCUCGACGGCGCGGGCGGACCUGAGAAAUCGUCGCCGACCACUGUGCUGCCGGUCGGCGUUUCGAAGCUCAGGACGGGAAAUCGCAAGCACAGCCAGGUGGACGUCGUGGCCGCGGCGUGGAAGAGGAUGUCCCGCCUGGCCCACGCGGAGGCGCUGAGCCUGGAGUACUCGCCGCGGAUGCUCGGGUGCGCGGUGGAGGCCAUCGCCAGGGCCGAGCUCGCGGGCGGCGAGGACACCCUCGGCGGUGGAGAGGCUCCCGACGCCGUGCCGCGCCCCUCGGCGCCCACCGUAGCCCUGCUCGCGGAGACGUGGGCGGAGGCCGAGCGCGGGGGCCUCGGCAGCUUCGGGGAGGCCUGGUACGAGGAGCUCCGUGCCGAUCCCGCCUUUGCGUGCGACCUCGGGCUGGUGCUGAAUUACCCGGUGUGCCGCGCGAGGAACGUCUCGAGGCUGGUGCAGCUUCUCAUCGACCUCAUGGCCGGCCGCGCUGAGCCCCCGAAGGCAGCUGCCCAGCGCCUGCAUGCGGUGCUGCGCGCCGCCACCGCGCUGUCUCAGAGGCACGCGGGGCUGCGGCUGCGCCACGUCGACGCCAUGCGCUCCGCCCUGGUCGGCGCCGCGUGCAGGCUCACCGCGGGCUGCGGCGGCGGCGCCCCCGAGGAGCGCCGGCGGCGGAACGCCUGGGAAUCGUUCGGCUUCGCCGUGGGCGCCGCGGUGGCCCCGGUGCUCAUGCUCUCGGACCCAGGCCACGACUUCUGCGGGGCCGUGGCCACGCCGCUGCCCACCCCGGGCGCGGGCCCGUGCGGGGCGCUGCUGGCCGCGCACGGCGCCGCGCUGCUGGAGAUGUCGGUGGGGCUGCUGCGGCGCAGGCGGGCGGCGGCCGCGGCGCCGGAGCCGGAG